GUCGUGAUGUUCUAUCUGAUCGAAGUAGAAAGGUAGAUUUAGUUUACACUACUACUUACUUACUUACUUACUGAGGAUCAUAGCUACCUGUUAUCAGUAACAUAGCAUACAGUAUCCAAAUAUCUUGGUAAAUAUUCUUCCCCCCCUCUUUCAUCUCGGAAUCUUCGGAAAUGCUGUUGGUUCUAUGUCCCUUGGCGCCGAUAGUCAGGUGUAUAAGCCAGUCUAGACGUUCGGUGUUUAUCCACAGUCCAGUGAAGAAGCGAAAUUAAAAAGUCCUAAUUAUAACAACACCACGGCUAUGAACUCUGCCUAGGUGGAAGGAAAUGACUUCACCGGCAACUAUGGAGUACCACCACCAUCAUCUAAUUAGCGAGAGGUGCAAGGGCCUACCCACUGUAGUCUACUUGCUGUGAGUGUGUAUGAGACCCAUAUCCAAUUGGCAAUACUACUGCCAUAUCUUGGUUUGCUCCAUGCUUUGCGUCGAUGCUUCUGUCACCAAAGUCAAAAGCGUGGAAACUUGGCUUCGGGGGAACAAACUACCGUCCAAUCCCGGAAAAUGGAGUGUCUUUCCCCGAGAGUUUCAAUUCGUGUCUGUAUUAUUUUUGUUUCUUCUCCUUAAGCAUCUCUGUUUGUAAGUAAGCCAUGAUUUUUCGCCACCGAACUAGUGAUGCUUUGCCUUGUCGAGCUACAAGAGUAAAGUAAG